UGCAGGAAGCAGAGACUCACUCUCCACGAUUUUCAGCGGAGCACCUACAACUAAUUUAAACGUUUUCAACGUUGUUAAGAUGAUGCGAAGACCCCGAGCAACAACUGGCAAAGUUGUGAAGUACAGAGAUAUGGACUCUGACCGAUCCUUUUCCCUGACAGUUAGUAGUGAUGAGGACAAUGAGGAAUGGAGGCCACCAGAGCCAAAGCCAAAAGCUCCCAUCAAAAACGCCCCUGCAGCAGGGGAGAAGAAAGCAGCUGCCAAGAGAACUGCUAAACCAAAGGAGCCAAAAGCACCCAAAGAACCUAAAGAUCCGAAGCCAAGGGCACCACGCAAACCUGCAGCAGAACGGAAAACACGGGCCCCUACAAUGCUGAAGAAUUCUGGUACCUCUGCGGUGGCUGGAAGAAAGAGGAAAAAAAAUGAUGACGUAAAAAACGAUGAUAUGGCUGAGGAAGACAAAAUAGAAAAUCAAACAAAGUGUCCAGAGGGAGAGGGGGCUCAAGAAAGUGGACAAAGUAACAGAAUGAAAGAGGAGAGGGUGUCAUUUAGUGUCUCAGAAGCCCAUGACACAGACAGAUGGGCAGAUGAGGGGCCAUCACUAUCUGGGUUUAGACUAAAGAAAGAAGAAGUAAAGGAGGAGAAUUUCACGUUUGAUGAGCCCUGCCUAAAGAAACAGAAGACCAGUGGUGCCUGCCUGGGACAACCGACUGCUUUACCAUUAUCAGAAGAACAAACUCUGAGGAAUGAGCUCAACAUGGACUGGGACCUGACUAAGUUGUUGUCCACCCUGACGUGUGUGGAGCAGUGGGUGUGUGCAAAUAUCAUCACACUGCUUCGUGAGGAAAACACAGUGCCAUUCAUGGUGCGCUACCGCAAAGAGAUGAUUAACCACAUGGAUGCUGAUGCCGUCCGAGAUGUUCUGUUGGUGUAUGAGGAGUUAUGCACUCUGGCAAAGAAGACCCAGUCUGUGAUUCAUACCCUGAAGAAGGACGGUGUUCUGACAGCUGAGUUGGAACAAAACCUGAGGCACUGCCGAUCAGCUGAUGAACUGGAUCAUGUGUAUUCUCCAUAUAAAAAAGGCAGUAAGCUGACAAAGGCCCGCAGAGCCAAAGCACUUGGCCUUGAGGUGCCUGCCUCUGCACUGAUGGACACACCACACACUCUGGAUUUAAGGGAAUGGGUAAAACCUGAUACUCAAGGUCUGUCAUCGGUGGAAGAAGUGGCUCGAGGUGUGGAGCAUAUCUUGGCUGAUAUGAUAGCCAAAGACCCUGAGACACUCACCUACGUCAAAACGCUGUGUGAGAACAGUUUUGUGACCAUCCAGUCGUCUGUGUCUAAAACAGCACUAAAGGAAAAAGAGCAGGGGACAACUGUCCAAAGCCACCAAAACCCAGGGGCUCAGCGAAACAAAAACAUUGACAAGUUCCACCUCUACUGUGACUUCACCUGCAACGUCCAACGCAUCCAGCCCCAUCAGACCCUGGCUAUUAACCGAGGGGAGAGUCUGAAGAUUUUGACAGUGAAGGUGAACUUUCCCGACAGGGUGAGGAGUGACUUCACUAGGUGGUGCAUCAACAACAGGUGGAGGCCAAAGACAUUUGCAAGAGGAGAGCUUCAAGCACUCAUCAGGAAUGCAGUAGAAGACUCAUAUAAAAGGCUUAUUCUGCCUUUCCUCACGAGGAGUUACAGGAUUAAGUUGACAGUAGCAGCAGAGAAGGAAUCAAUUGCCAUGUUUGUGCGGAACCUCCGCCAGCUCCUGUUGGUGUGUCCAGUCAGAGGCUGUGUCAUCAUGGGGGUGGACCCUGGCUUUAGAAAUGGCUGUAAGCUGGCAAUCCUCUCCCCCACUGGCCAGAUCCUCCAUACUGAUAUUGUGUACCUGCAUGAUUCAGGCCAGCGAAGGGAAGCAGACAAACUGCGCCACCUCAUGAUCAAAUACAGCGUUACCAGGGUUGCCCUUGGCAAUGGGACAGCAUGUCGUGAGACUGAGUCCUUCUUCACAGACCUCAUCUCCAGCCGCUAUUUUCACCCCCUGGAUGUGUCCUACUGUAUAACCAAUGAGGCAGGAGCUUCCAUCUACAGUGUGAGUCCUGAGGCAGUCAAAGAGAUGCCGGACUUGGACCCCAACCUUAGGAGUGCAGUGUCCAUUGGAAGACGUGUCCAAGAUCCAAUGGCUGAGCUCGUGAAGAUUGAUCCCAAACAUAUAGGCAUUGGAACAUACCAGCAUGAUGUGACAGCCGGAGCUCUGAAGGCGGCGCUGGAUGGUGUGGUGCAGGAGUGUGUGAGCUUUGUGGGGGUGGACAUCAACAUGUGCUCCGAGACGCUGAUGAGGCACGUAGCAGGCCUGAAUGUGGGCCGGGCGCGGAAUAUUGCAGAGUGGAGAGAGCAGAAUGGUCCCUUCAUCAACAGGGAGCAACUCAAACUGGUCAAAGGCAUGGGGCCCAAAACCUACCAGCAGUGUGCCGGCUUCAUUAGAAUCAACCCUCAAACCCUACACAGUGCCAAAUCCUCACCUCACCCUGUACCAGCGGUGACAGUGAAACCAGCGGCUAAGAGGGGCAAAGGAAAGGCUUGUGUCAAUAUACCAACCUCAUUUAACCCCCUGGACCAGACCUGUAUACACCCCGAGUCCUACCAUGUGGCACAGAGAUUUCUGUCCCUCAUUGGUGGGAGUGCAGACCAGAUUGGGAGCGUAGGCCUGCAACAGUGUGUGGAGAACAAGGUUAAGACCAGCAGUGUCGAGGAACUGGCCAGGACAGUGGACACCACACCUGAGACCCUCAAACUCAUCAUAGAUGGCCUCACGCAGCCCCCUGGGUUUGACAUAAGACAAAAUUUUGGGCAGGCGGACUUUAAACGGGGCAUUGUGUCGAUGAGUGAUCUGCGGGUGGGUGCGGUUCUGACGGGCCGCGUGGAGAACACUGCUCUGUUUGGGGCGUUUGUAGAUAUCGGUGUUGGUCGCUCAGGCCUCAUCCACAAGAGCAACAUCACCUUGGACAAAGUGCCUGUCAGCCAGCGCCGCCGCAGCCUGGCUCUGGGACCAGGAGAACGGGUGGAGGUACGGGUCCUGAAUGUGGACCUUCAGAGGGGACGGAUCGGCCUGGACCUGAUCAGAGUUCUAGAAUAGAGUCACAUAAUCCCCAUUAUUUUGAGGGCUUACAAUUUUCAAUCUGCAGUUCCUGCAUUUUUUUCUGCAAAAAUGGUUCAAACAUACUGAAUACUAUUCAACUCAGAACAGCA